AUGCAUGUCCUCAGCACCUGGAACGUCUCACCUUCAAGCAUUCUCGUUCCCAAUCCCGCGCCGUUGCCGUCACAGCAACAGCCGCCAUUGGUCGGAUAUUCUUCCCUAGAGACGGCAUUCCGCUCUCGUUCUCCUCCAAGCCCUCGUUUUUUCGGGCUCUCCAGGCAACAGAGGCGUUCCGCCGUUAGACGCGGCGGGAAUCGCGGAGAGGCGCGUGCUCGCGCCGCAAUGCAACAGCAGCAGCAGUCAGUGGACGGAGAGAUGAAGGGCGAGCAGGAAGCAGUGGGAUCGGGAAGAGACGGUUUAGAGGAAGGGGGUGAAUUUCCUACGGAACUUGCGCGGAGGCUUCGCGACUUGCAUCAGGAGCAUAUCGAGGAGCAAUGGCGGGAACUGAAGAGCGCGGAGGAGCGUGCGCAGUUGGUGGAGGCUGUCGAGGCAGUGGAUGUGGAGCGAGCAGUGCGCGUGUUCCAGGCAUCCACCCACUCCUCACACAACGCGCCCUCGGCGCCCCUGCAGGUGCAGCCAGUGCGGAACGUGUGUGCGGUGGAGGGGCGAUCAGCUGCCAGCGCGCAGCAGUGGAGGGAGCAGGGCCUGGCUGCCAUCGCCCAUGGCCGACUUGCUGUGCUGCUGCUGGCCGGCGGACAGGGAACAAGGCUAGGCAGCUCAGCACCAAAGGGCUGCUAUGUGUCUCUCUUCCAGCUCAUGGCGGAGCGCCUGAUAUGCAUGCAGACGCUGGCCAUGAAGGCUGCAGGUCCAUCCGACUCAUCGUCCGCGCCAGCGGUCCACAUCCCCUGGCUCAUCAUGACGUCGCCCUUCACCCACCAGCCCAUCCUGGACUCCUUCUCCCACCACAAUUACUUCGGCCUGCUGCCCCACCAGGUGCAUUUCUUCCAGCAGGGCUCGGUGCCGUGCUUCACCAUAGAUGGCCGCAUCAUCCUUGAAACUCCCACCACGCUGUCCCAAGCGCCUGAUGGCAAUGGUGGCGUGUAUAAUGCGCUGAAGGGCAGUGGUCUGCUGGAUCGAAUGCAGGCGCAGGGCGUCACACACGUGGAGUGCUUCUCAGUUGACAACGCCCUCAUCCGAGUAGCAGAUCCUCUUUUUCUGGGCUAUGUGCUGCACGAGUCUGCUGACUGCGCAGCUAAAGUGGUGCAGAAGGCCUACCCAGAGGAGCGGGUGGGCGUGUUUGUGCGCACCAACCACACGCCACUGAAGAAGGGGGAGGGGGGGGAGGGGGAGAAGGAGAAGGGGGAGGGGGAGGAGGGGGAGCUGGUGACAGCCGUGAUGGAGUAUAGUGAGUUACCUCCAGGCGUUGGGACGUCUGUGGACGAUGCAACAGGGAAGCUCAAGUACAACUGGAGCAAUAUCUGCAUUCACAUGUUCUCUGUGGAGUUCCUACAAGCAGCCGCUCACGCUCUCAAGGAGCAGUGCAUCCAUCACCUGGCGGUGAAGCGCAUACCAUCGGUGCACGGGGCAGUGCAGGGUGUGAAGCUGGAGCAGUUCAUCUUCGACGUCUUCCCCCUCGCCUCCACCCUCGCUCUCCUCGAGGUUGCCCGGGAGGAGGAGUUUUCACCAGUCAAGAACGCCCCUGGUGCUGCUGCUGACUCACCAGACACAGCCCGCAAGCAUGUGCUGUCUCUGCACGCACGAUGGGUGCGAGAGGCAGGCGGGCAGAUCGUGAGGAGGGGUGGAGCUGAUGGUGAAGGGGUUGAGAAGGGUGAGGAGGGAGGUGAGGGUGGAAAGGAGAGGGAUGAGGGAGUGGAGGUGUCGCCACUUGUAUCGCAUUCCGGGGAGGGGUUGGAGAGCGUGUGCAAGGGAGUGGUGUUUGAGGCAUUAACGAGAGCGCGGAUCGAUACUGCUAGUGAUUCGUGCACGCGCACGUGGGUAGGGUGUGCUACUGCGCGCGUGCGCGCGCGCGACGCACGGCACGCGAUGGCGAAUAGUCGGUACGAGUACGUGAAGCAGUUCGAGCAGCCGGACAGGCUGCUGCCGCACUGCUGGAUCGUCAUUCGCAUCGACGGCCGAGGGUUCAGCAAGUUUGUGACUGACCACGCGUUUGAGAAGCCCAACGACGAGCGCGGUCUGCGGCUGAUGAACGCGGCGGCGACGGCCGUCAUGGCGCAGGUCCCCGACAUCGUGUUCGCGUACGGCGUGAGCGACGAGUUCAGCUUUGUCAUUCGCCGUGACUCCAACCUUUACGAGAGAAGAGCCAGCAAGCUGAUAUCAGUGGUGGUGUCUCUAUUCGCCGCUUCCUUUGUGCACCAAUGGCCAAGCCACUUUCCCUCACAGCCACUGCUCGCGCCGCCGUCCUUUGAUGCGCGUGCAGUGCUCUACCCCUCCACUGCUGUGCUCCGAGACUACCUCUCCUGGCGACAAGUGGACUGUCACAUCAACAACCAGUACAACACGUGCUUCUGGAUGCUUGUCAAGUCAGGCCUCUCGCCCAAAGAGGCUCAGGACAAUAUCAAGGGCACAUUAGCGGAUGCGAAGAAUGAGCUGCUGUUCACCCGCUUUGGCAUCAACUACAAUGACCUGCCUGCUAUCUUCCGCAAAGGCUCCUCCAUCUUCCGCCACCAGGUGGAGGAGCAGGUGGAGGGCAAGCAGCACCCGGACGGGCGGCCCGUGGUGCGCAAGAAAUCCAAGCUGGUGGUCGUGCACGAUGACAUCAUCGCUGAUGCUUUCUGGGCGGCAAACCCGCAUCUGCUGGGGGAGUAG